UUUCUUUAGAAAAUUUUCAUUUUCCGGGAAAAUUUUCUCCUAUAUAUUGAUUACUUCUCCUUCCUUCGAUCUUAGGGUCAUACUUGGGGGAACCGUCGGCUAGGUUUCGAUGGGGCUACAACAAUCGAAAGAGGAGUCGCUGUAUAAGCAAGUCAACCACGGUGACAUAGAAGGCAUCAAAGCUCUUCACUCCCAAGGUGCUGGCCUCGAGUGGACGGAUAGAGAAGGGAAGACUCCACUGAUUGCGGCUUGCAUGACUCCGGAGCUUAAUAAUGUUGCCAAGACUUUGAUAGAAUUGGGUGCCAAUUUUAAUGCAUACAGUCGGGGCCGCUUCGGUGGGACUCCUUUACAUCAUGCAGCAAAAAGGGGCCUUGAACAGACUGUGAAAUUACUUCUUGCAAAUGGAGCAAAUGCAUUAGUGACGAAUGAUGACGGUCAAACUCCACUUGAUGUUGCUAGAGUUAGAGCAUAUGGCAAUAUUGUCCGUGCAAUUGAGAGCCAUCUCUGCUUGUUCUCUGGUUGGUUGCGGGAGCUUUACGGGCCAAGCUUUCUCGAAUUACUUGCUCCUCAGUUUCUUUCAAGAAAAGUUUGGGUGGUUGUUUUACCAUGUGGUUCCCGUAUUCCCACUAAGCCAUUCAAAUUGGAGCUUGCUAUAUAUAAUAAUUUUCAGGAUGCCAAACUUCGCACACUUAUUCCACUGUGGAAGGCAAACAUGGAGGAACCAAAAUUUAACCAGCCUGAUCCGACAGUGAUCAUUUCAGACAAUUCCACCAUCCCAAGACACUGGAGGCGGAAGCGAGGUAUUUUAUCCUCCCGAGAGGCAAGGUGUAAGUCUCGAGGAGUUAGGCAUACACGCAUUAAACUUGCAGCUGCUAGUGAAAACGACAAACAACAACUGCAACGAUUUUGCAAUGCAUGCAAAGGAAUUCCUCAGGUGAUGCAUACGGCAUUUCCUUUCAAUACCCAAGCUCCUGUUGUUCCAACAACUGCCCCACCAAAUGCAGAGGAUGUAGAAUAUCUAAUGGCAAUCAAUGCCUCUCUUCAAUCUUAUAUGCAAGAGAGGCCACCUCAUCUAGAUACCCACCCAAUCUCUGGAGCAAAUGUGUCCACCAGUGGGACUAAAUCUGUAGAUAUCACCACCCAUAGUGGGGGCAAUGUAAUGGGAGCAUUUGCUCCAAAAGGAAGUAGCAGUGAGUGGGAAAUCAAGGGGGUUGGUUCGAGUAGCAAACCAGCUCAGUAUGUACAUACUGAGAGUGGCAUAGCUGCUGUCCAUACAAUGCCCAAGAGCCCAAUGCCAGCCUCAAUUCCAUCAGCUCCACCUGUCGCAGAUGCUGUUCUAGAUGAUGGUCCAAUUCAUUGUCCAACAAUUGAUUCCAACUCUGUUGACUUAUCUUCCCUUACUCUAGAUACUUCACCUGUCAGAGCAGAUGAAAAAAUGGAAGAUACCUGCACUUCUUCAUCAUGUGUUAUAUGUUUGGAUGCUCCAGUUGAGGGAGCUUGCAUCCCAUGCGGCCACAUGGCUGGAUGCAUGUCUUGUUUGAAUGAAAUUAAAGAGAAGAGGUGGGGCUGCCCUGUUUGUCGUGCCAAGAUCGAUCAGGUUAUACGUCUAUAUGCUGUUUAAUUAUUGAAGUCGGAUAUGCUGAAGCUGUAAACGAUUGGUAUUGUAAGAGAGUGCAGUAUAUCAUUGUCUGCAAGGCUGCUUUUUCAAGAAGGAAAUAACAGUAAGAAAAACUACCAGGUAAUGAAACUGAGGGAAAGGUAUAUGUGGUUAUACUGUCAUGUUUUCGAACUGGCUCCAGUUACUGUGGUCGACAUGUUUCUUUUAUUGAGAUGUUUUGGAUAUAGUAAAAUUGAAAAAUUCCUGCAAUGUAUCAUUACCAAUAAAACUCGACUAAAAGUUAUGUAAAUGUAUUGUACAUCUCAAUUUCAAACUUUGAUGGUCUUUUGGAAGCUGCAAUGUUGAAUAAAUUGGCAUAUCCUCUAAUACUAUAAUUUGGGACUUGACAUCU